AUGGCUUCUUGUUCAGGUCACUGGGACCAAUUCCGAGCCAAUGCAGAGAUGUUUGGAUAUGUCUCCACCUUUAAGGAAGAUCUAUCCCAGUAUUCGACGAUCAUCGAUGUUGACAAAGUGCCAGCCCAUGCACGCAUGAAGGCUGAACAUCUAGCCAGAGAGAUCGAGGACUGCUACAGUAGAGGCAGGAGUUGA